AUUGCAGGUCUUACAGAUGGAAAAUGGAAAGAAUUCGAUCUGGAAACGUUAAACGACCGACUACUUAUGUUUGAAUAUGGUCCUAUCGAUAAUUCUAACAAGCCCCCUUUCAUAAACAAAGAUGCUCUAAAAGGAAAAAAAUUAAAAAUGACAGCAGCAGAAAUGUUCCAUUUUGUAAGAUUGUUUGGUGUCCUAAUUGGAGAUCUUGUUUCUCACACGAAUCCUUUCUGGAAAUUGUACUGUUUAUUACGCGAAAUCCUCGAAAUUGUAAUGGCCCGAAAAUUACCAAAGACGAUGGUUGGUAAUCUUCGUGUAUUGAUUGCGGAACACCAUAGGUUAUAUAUGGAAUUAACUGGAAAUUCGUUUAAGCCAAAAUUUCAUUUCGUUACUCACGCGCCUGAAGUUUUUCUCCAAAGUGGCCCUCUUAACAAUAUAUCAUCGAUACGUUUCGAAGCGAAACAUCGAGAUUUGACUAGUCCAGCCUCAGUAAAUACUUCGCGCAUCAAUAUUUGCCGUUCAGUGGCAAUAAAGCAUCAAUUGGCACUUUGUUAUCGAUUUAUAGAAAAUAAAAGUAUAUUGCCUCCCAUGAAUAUUGGCUCCAGAACUCGAGACUUGUCUCCAGAAUUCGGUCAAAUCACACACAUUUUUGUUAGUCAUGAUAUACUAGGUGAUGUACCGAUAUUUCUGUGUAAGCGUUAUCUCACUUUAGGUCUAGAUAGCCACGUAUUAGCGUAUGAAGUGGAAUUGAUAGAUGAAAAAAUUUGUGUUAUAGCGACAAAUUUAGUCGAUCCUCUUCCUGUGUACGCUCACACAAUGUCAAACGGUGCAAAAUAUAUUGUAUUGCGUUAUUGCAUUUAA